AGCUACGCAUUUAAAAGACAAAAUAAGGACGGACUUACUCAUAGCCACAAAUCCAGAGGCUACGCACUUAGCUUUGGUUGAUAAGCGCUCUGCCCUUCAUCAUUCUACCUGUUUGAUAUUGGAAAGGAGAACACGAGCGAGUCCUUUCUAUUGAUAUAUAAUCUAUUAUAAUUGGUUUACGUCUUGGAGGUUAUUUUAGACUACAGUACAUCAUUUCCAAAGCCAGUCCUCGCAUAGUGCAAAGAUGCUACUUCCACUUACAUUCAUUCUGUUUUUCAAUAUAAGUUGGGGUCUUCCAAUUGACACGGUCAUUCUGUUCCAGCGGUCGGGAGUGGUCGGCGAGAUGGAGACUGUCGAGCAGGUCUUGGUCAACGGAGCACCUCCCUCCAGCGGUGGGAAAAACGUCAGUGGCAUUCUCCGUGCUGUAUUGAUGGGCAACUACGAGUCUUUUCAGCAGGCGUUCGAGAUCGAAGAAAAUGUCUCCAACACCAUGACAAAAAAUCCUACUUACCAGUACCUGCGUGUGCGUGAAUGCAAACUGAAUGGAUUUCGAGUGGUGCAUUCGACCGACCAGCUUCUUGUCAACGGAAAUUACUUCCUGACUUUGGACCAAUCCACAGACACCUGGACAGCUGAGGUACCACAGGCCCUCUCACUCAAACGGCUUUGGGACUGGGACACUGAGUUCACGAGGAGGGAGAAGAUGCAACUCCAUGAGAGCUGUACCGAACUGAUGAAGGAGCUCAGACAUUCCGAGCCCACCACCAAUAGAGGAACGUCCCUGCUGACUGUCCUGGCUUCACUGUUUGCAUGCCUGACCUUUGUUGUCAUGGUUAUUGCAAGCUUCCUCAUGUCUAAACAACAAGAUCCCAGAGUUUCCAGACACCCUGGAGGUGUACUUGGCUCCAUUGUCCACUACUAUCAGAAUGUCACAGAAACACAAGGAGGAAAAGACUACUAGGCCCUCUAAAACUCAACCCACCUCCGCUCAUCCACCUCUGAUGACUGCUCUGUGAAGGGAGUAGUACACAGCGUUGUACGAGAUCUUCAGUUUCUUGGCAAUUUCUCACAUGGAAUAGCCUUCAUUUCUCAGAACAAGAAUAAAGUGAUGAGUUUCAGAAGAAAGGUCUUUGUUUCUGGCCAUUUUGAGCCUGUAAUCGAAUUUAAAAUGUUGACGCUCCAGAUACUCAACCAGUCUAAAGAAGGCCAGUUCUAUUGCAUCUUUAAUAAGCACAACAGUUUUCAGCUGUGCUAACAUAAUUGCAAAAGGGUUUUCUAAUGAUAAAUUAGCCUUUUAAAAUGAUGAACUUUGAUUGGCUAACACAAUGUGCCAUUGGAACACAGGAGUGAUGGUUGCUGAUAAUGGUCCUCUGUGCGCCUAUGUAGAUAUUCCAUUAAAAAAUAAUAAAUUUCCAGCUCCAAUAGUCAUUUACAACAUUAAGAAUGUCUACACUGCAUUUAUGAUCAAUUUGAUGUUAUUUUAAGGGACAAAAGAAAAAGCAAAUUUAUCAAAAACAAGGAUAUUUCUUAAGUGGCCCCAAACUUUUGUACCCUUGUCCGUCCAACUCUCUGGUCCCCCUUUCUCCCUGGGCCUUCUUCCAACAGGCCCCAUUCCUAUAGACCCAGGAGGAUUGUAGCCUACCAAAUAUUUAUAAUAUGAAAGGAACUGUGACAUUCCAAUUUGUAUAACUUACUGUUGUGUGUGUGACUUGAACUCUUGAAGUAGUUCCUAGUUAACCACAAGAAAAGAAUAUGAAGACAGUUUUAUGCACUUUAUAAUUGUGUAGUUCCUAGUUAACCACAAGAAAAGAAUAUGAAGACAGUUUUAUGCACUUUAUAAUUGUGUAUUUCCUCACCUUUGUAUUUCCUCACUUAUCUACCGGUGCCUAUGCCUUUCAGGCUUUGCUUUUCAGCCUAUGUCAAAACAGACAGAGUAACACGCAUGAACACACACUCUGUGUGUUCACGCUCGAUAGCUCAAAACUACUGUAACUGGGUCUCCCGGGUGGCGCAGUGGUUAAGGGCGCUGUACUGCAGCGCCAGCUGUGCCACCAGAGACCUUGGGUUCGCGCCCAGGCUCUGUCGUAACUGUGGCGACGCACAAUUGGCCUAGCGUCGUCUGGGUUAGGGAAAUCCUUGUCUCAUAGCUCACAGGCGUCUCCUGUGGCGGGCCGGGCGCAGUGCACGCUAGCCAGGUGCACAGUGUUUCCUCCGACACAUUGGUGCGGCUGGCUUCCGGGUUGGAUGGCGCUGUGUUAAGAAGCAGUGCGGAUUGGUUGGGUUGUGUAUCGGAGGACGCAUGACUUUCAACCUUCGUUGAGCCCGUACGGGAGUUGUAGCGAUGAGACAAGAUAGUAGCUACUAAACAAUUGGAUACCACGAAUUUGGGGAGAAAAAGGGGUAAAAUUAAAAAAACACAACUACUGUAACUAGAACUAGAUUUGUGUAGAGCUGUCGGUUGCAUUUAGUCAACAGCUAUCAAUACCUUUUCCUUGUUAAAAAAAAAAACGAUGUGAAAAGUUUUCAAUUUGGUCCAUCUGUUUUGAAUAAAUGUUAUUUUGAUCCAGUUACACAUUCAGGGUGCAAUACGGUAAAAUAAAUGUGUACAGUGAGGAAAUGUGUUCACUUUGCACUUUUGUGUAUAUAAAGCUACUGUAUUAUGAUUUGAGGGGACAGAAUUGUACAUUGAACCGGAUAUGUAUGAAUGAUUUCUAUCACUUGUUUAUCAUUUUAUUAAAGCUAUUUAAAUGCAA